UUAAGAGAUGAUAUUAGUCCUUUUUUUUUUUCUUAAGUAAAAGUACAAUUUAACAACCAAACAACCCUUAAGAAAGACCAGAAAGGCCGAAAGGGAGGGGAAAUGGGCGGUAAUAUUGCUAAUUGCUAUUGCAAUUGCAAUAAAUAAAGGAGGGCGGGAAUUGGGAGGCAAUAUUGCUAUUGCAGCCGCUAUCUGCAAAUGGAGAGCAACAAUGGCGGAGGAAGUGCAGCACUAAUAGGAAGUUCUGGAACUGUCAUUCUCUCUCCUCCUCAACAACAACAACAAACAGUAGAUGUUCAUCAACUUCCAUGUUGCAUCAAAUCCAAUGGUCCCUCCGACGUCUCUAAUUAUUUCAAACCCAAAUCUUCCGGGAUUGAAGUUGAUGGUGGUUUAGAAUUGAAAGAAGCAUUUUAUAGGGGCAGGAAUUUGCAAGGGUUUACUGUUCCUCUUCCUGAGGGUUAUUCUGGCUUUAUAAUAGGAAAGAAGAACUCUAAUAAAGAUAAGACUAAGAAAACAGCGGGAACAGGGAAAGCUCCCGAAAUUUCUUCCAACAGCAGUGAAAACCAUUGGGAGACGCUAGCUAAAUGUGGAAAUAUGACAUUUUGGAACCAUGAUAGUCUUCCUUCCCAAGAUGAUGCCUCUAUGCGUGUGUUUCAUUGGUUUGCUGUUGCUAAGGCGCUGCAUGAGCCAGUGAGCGCUGAAGAACUGACUUGAUCUGCAUCUGUUACUGAAGUUCUGAAAUCAUGAUACAGUAGAAGAGAAGCAAAGCAAUGUGCAAUUUGGUCUGCAACUUUCUUUACAAAGUUCAAGUUCCUGAAUCUCUGAAGAAUUUUCUGAUACAUGGAAAAUAUUUCCAUGUAUUAUCUUGGCAAAUCGUUAUAUUUGGGAUGCUUCACAAAUUAACAUUGUACUCAUAUGUAUCUUAGCUCUUGCUAUCCCUCAAAAAAAAAAAAAAAAAAAAAUCUGAGGCUCUUGCUAACUCUCACAUUAGGCUGAUGUCUUCUUGUAAUCUUGUUGAAUGUUAUGUAAGCAGACUUCUUCA